CAAAUGCAAAGACAUAGAUAAAUAGACUUCAUCAAGUACACGUAUAUAUAUACUCCAUCCAUCAGUUCACAGGAUUAUCGUUGGAAGAUUUUAAAUAAAACACCAAAUCAAAAAGAAUGGAUCCAGACUUGUAUAAAGCUGCGAUGAGAGGCAAUAUUGGAGAUGCCAAUUUUCUACUUGGUGAUCAUCUGAAAAGGGAUGAAGAAAACAGCUACCAAGUCACUCCGAAGGGUAAGACGGUCCUUCAUGUCUCAGCCCUCUAUGACCACUCCCAUUUCGCGGCAGAAGUCCUUAAGAUUACUCCGGCAAUGUUAUGCUGUCAAAAAAAGAAAAUGAAACCUCUCUUCACAUAGCAGCUAAUGAAGGGCACACUGAAGUUGUCCGUGUGCUACUUGCAUGUAUAGAAGGUCAUAAUACUAAGGAGAAACUCACGAGGAUGCCGGAUGCUAGUGUAGAUACAGCGCUGCACAAGGCCGUGAGGAGCCAACAUCUAGAUGUGGUUAAUCUCUUGGUGAAAGAAGAUUCUGAAUUCGAAUUUCCACCUAACCAUGCGCAGGAGACGCCACUGUAUCUGGCGGCUGUAUCUGGUUUUCAUGAUACUUUGAUUAACAUCUUGGAAUCCUGCAAGAAACUAACUUAUGCUGCAGGUCCAUCUAAAAGAACGCCUCUGCAUGCAGCAGUAAUUCAGGAACAUAGCGAUUGCAUUAGAUCACUAUGACGUUGGAAUAAGCCUUCAUGCGAGGAACCUGACUUAUGGGGUUGGAAUUCACUGCACUAUGCUGUUAAAUUAGGAUUGGCGGAUGUAGUUUAUGAUAUUCUGUGGUGGAAAAAGUCUUUACUAUACCUUUCUGUAGGCAGUGAAAAUGCCUGGACGACAGCAUUUCACAUUGCAGCCAGUGAAGGUGACGUAAACAUGAUCAAUGAGCUAUUAAAUCACUGCCCUGAUUGUCGAGAUUUUCUUAACAACAAUAGUCAAAAUGCUCUUCAUGUUGCCGUAUUAAACAAUCAAGAAAAGGUAGUCCGCUUCUUAUAAGACUCUGAUAAGUGCGACAACCUUGUUGAUGAGCCAGACAACGACGACAACACUCCUCUCCAUUUGCUUGCUGCCUCUGGUAACCAUAUGUGUGAAUUAAUAAACCAUCCUAGAGUGAAGAAGAUGUCAUUUAACAAAGAAAACUAGACUCCACUUGAUAUUGCAUUGUCAUGCAGAGUGGCAACAAAGAAGGAGAAAUUGAUGGAGGAUUUGUGUAGCAUUGGCCGAUUUGGAAAACGUGACUCUGAGGUAAAGCGGAAGUACAAGUACAUGCCCAAUCCAAAUGAUGAAACGAGAACGGGAUUCAAAAUGCAACUGAGGGAAAAUGAUCACGAUAAAGAUAAAAAGGUAGAUCAAAUAGCAGUUGAAAGUAUCAUGAAGUCAGCUCAACUCCAUAUUAUUGUGGCCACUUUGAUAAUGACAGUCACUUUCGCCGCUGGUAUCACAUUGCCAAGAGGUUUUGAGAGCAACCCUUAUAGCCUUAACCAAGGGAUGGCUAUUCUAAUAAGGAAAACAUCAUUUCGUGCAUUUGUUGUUUCCGACGCCAUUGCCUUCACAUUCUCAGCUGUUGCCAUAUUCAUUUACUUCCUCAUGGCAGAUGUAAGUAUAGAUCCUUAAGAUAAGAAAAUUUUAGAGAAGCUUUAUCAUCUCUCAGGUGUUUGUCUAUGCUUGUCAAUGUUUGCAGUUGUAAUUGCAUUCGUAACUGGUAUGUUUGCUACUUUAUCACAUUCACUUGGUCUUGCCGUUACUAUCUGUUUCAUAGGUUGCCUCUCUAUUUUAUUGUACUUCUUGGCUUUUAUUUAUACUUGGAGAAAAAUAUGAUGAGAGUAAGAUGAAGAAUAUAAGAGAGUAGGGAGACAUGAAUGCGAGCUACUACUUGUACUUAUUGCUUCCAAAUAAAUAUGAUGAUG